UAAAAUUACUAUUACCGGAUUAAUGGCAAAUACAAAUUACAUAUUUCAAGUUCGAAGAGUAUUUCAAGACCAGGAAGGAAAAUACGGGCCUGCAAGUGAUGAUGUGCGUACAACCGAGUCUCUAGCGACAUAUUUACUCGGGUUUGCCAAACUAGUUGCCGAUGGAAAUCCAAAAAAAUAUCAACUUUUGGUCGAAGAGUUAAAAGACUCACGAAAUCCUGACGCAAAAACAAAACAGGUUAUUCUUGGGGAAUUUAAAAAGACAGACUCCGAAAAGACAAUAAUGCUUGUUGGUGCAACUGGUUCGGGAAAAAGUACUCUAGUUGACGGCAUUGUUAACUAUGUGAUGGGUGUAAGUUUUGAUGAUCCCUAUAGAUUUACCCUCAUACAGCUCGAAAAAGAGGAAAACAAAAUGGAAAAUCAGGCUGUAUCUCAAACAGAAUGGAUCACGGUUUAUAAGAUAAUGCCUAGAGCCGGCAGUCGAUUAGAAUAUUCUUUAAACAUCAUCGAUACACCGGGAUUUGGAGACACAAGAGGAAUAGAGAGAGAUCAACGUACCAUUGGUCAAAUUCGGGAAUUGUUUUCAGAAACGGGGGCUAAAGGAGUUACUUACCUUGAUGCUGUUUGUUUCAUCGUAAAAGCUCCAGACGCACGCCUGACCGUUUCGCAGAAGUACAUAUUUAGUGAAAUUAUGUCGUUAUUUGGCAAAGACAUUGAAUCAAAUAUUUGUACAUUAAUCACAUUUGCCGAUGGUGCUGAUCCACCCGUUCUUGCCUCUUUAAAAGAAGCUGAUCUUCCAUUCGGUUCCUACUUUCAAUUUAACAACUCCGCAUUGUUUGCAGAAAACACAAAUAUAACAAAGACGUCAUUGUCUCCCAUGUUUUGGAAGAUGGGAUGUACAAGUUUUAAAAUCUUUUUCGAUACAAUUUCUCAAUUUAAAACAAGAAGUCUCACUCUAACAAAGGCUGUUUUAGAUGAAAGAGAAGUAAUAAAAACAAUUCUAUCUGCCAUUCUCCCCCAAGUUAAGGCGGGGCUAACAAAACUGUCGGAGCUUCGAGACGAAUUAGAAAUAUUUAAAAAACACAAAAAUGACAUAGAAAGCAAUAAAGAUUUUGAAUAUGAGGUGGAAGAAACUAAACAAUUGUUGGUAAACCUGGACCAGGGGCACCAUGUAACAAACUGCCUUCAAUGCAAUUUUACAUGCCAUGAUGAUUGUAAAAUUGCAGAUGACGAUAAUAAAAGUGGAUGCGCUGCCAUGAAAGACGGUUACUGCACGGUAUGCAUUAAGAAAUGUAUAUGGAAAGAACACAAAAAUGCACGAUAUAAGUUCAUUUAUGUGACGGACAAAGUUAAAAAAACUUAUACAGAAAUGAAACAGAAAUACGAGAAAGCUAUAGGGUCUAAACUGACUCACGAAUCCUUUAUCGCAAACCUAUCAAAAGAUGUUGAACAUCUAUUCGCAUAUGUCAAUGGAAUGAUGACAAAAAUGAAUACUUGCAAAAGCAGGCUAAAGGAAAUAGCAUUAAGACCUGAUCCUCUCUCUACAGUUGAACAUUUGGACCAAAUGAUUCAGGCUGAAGACAUGGAGAGACAUCAAGGGUAUCAACGUCGAAUAGAAAUGCUGAAUGAAUUCAAGCAUAUGGCUGAAAUUGAUAAAGAUUUUGAAAAGUUUGGUGCCAAUUAUCUUUCAGCAAGAAUGGAAAUUCAGUCUAUUGGUAUUCCUGCUGAUGCAUUAGUUGAUGAUGGUGAACAGAAUCCUCAAGGUGGAAUUAUUAAUUUGUUCAAGCGGAUCUUUCUCUCACCAUUUCAAUCUGACCGAGAAAAAGAGAAAAAGAAAUUUAAAAAGAAUUCAUAG